GUAAGAACAACAUUUUUGGCAGCUUUGUAUUGAUAAUAGUUUUAAUUCCUUAUCCCGAACACCCCUUGGCUGUCUUCCACUAAAGAAAAAGCUGGAGAUAAUUCUCGACUCCAGUGACGGUGACCCCACUUUCGUUGUAUGAAAUUGACAUAAUGAUUACGCGCAUUGUGGGUAACUUGUGUGGCCGGCUUUCUUCUGACUGGUUCCUCGACAGCUUUAAAAUUUCCUCACUCUGUGUUCGUCUCUCUGCUAUUUUUCUGGGUUGCAAUACUUCGUGAAAGUGAACGAUCUCCUUAUGGAAGACGUGUUUCCAUCUUAUGAUGUUUUGAUUAAUCACAGAGGGCCUGAUACCAAGAAAACUCUUGCCAGCCUCAUCUAUCGCGAACUCAGUGAGCAUGGAUUGAGGGUGUUUCUCGAUGAACGGGAAUUGGAAGUGGGAGAUCCCUUUCCCCCUGCAAUUCAAUCUGCCAUUCGUGGUGCCUCCGUCCACAUCGCUAUUUUCUCCAAAACAUAUGCGGAAUCCGUUUGGUGUUUGGAUGAGCUGUUAUGGAUGUUUGAUUCUCAUGGUAAUAUUAUCCCCAUCUUCUAUGAUAUCCAACCUUGGGAGCUUCGCCAUGUUGGCAAGGGAGCAUAUGCCGGAGCCUUUCAGGAUCAUAGAGACAAGGGCAGGAUUACCAUUGAACAAGUGGACAGAUGGAUAACCGCCCUGAACAAAGUCGCUGAUAUUUCUGGCGUGGUGUUCGAGACGGAGAAAGAUAACCAUGGAGAUCGUUUGAAACAAAUAGUCGACAAAGUAUUAGAAAAGGUGGGAAAGAAACAACUGUAUGUGUGUGAUCAUCCUGUGGGACUUCUUCAAGCAGCAGCUAAUUUGGAAAAGCAGGUUUUGAGUCCAAGCGGCACCAACGUCGUGGGGAUUGUGGGGCUUAGCGGAUCGGGGAAAUCAAUUCUGGCUACUCAUCUCUACAACUCCAAGUGUUCCCAAUUCCAGAGAUGUUGUUUCUUAUCUGAUGUAAGUAAAAGAGAUUUACCAUCUCUGCAGCAAACUCUGCUUAGGGAUCUGCUGCGUGACCGAAAUUUGUGCAUUGAGGAUACGGGUAGAGGUAGAACCCUCCUUCGAGAUCGUCUGCGAGGGUUGAUUGUUUUGAUUGUUUUUGAAGAUAUAGAUAAUAGAGAGCAAAUAGACAAUCUGUUAUUUGUAAAGAAUCAUGUGGGAGACGGCAGUCUGAUCUUGGUGACAUCUAAAGACCGCACUUUGCUUCAAGGGACUCCUGGGAAUCCUCGAGUAGAAAUAUACGAUGUCGAAUUACUAGGUGCAAAAGAUGCCCAGGAGCUGUUCUGCUGGCGUGCUUUCGGUCACACCGAACCAGUCCAAGAUUUGCAAAAUAUGGUGGAAGAAUUGGUUAGAAUGUGUGGUGGGUUUCCUUUGGCUUUAAUAGUUUUAGGAGAACUGUUCGUCAAUGAACGUCGUCCAAGAAUGUGGAAGAAGCGCUUGGACAGCCUCAGUAAAGGACUGCCGGAUGAGGUCUUAAGUCAGAUAGUAAUGGAUAGCUAUAAAUCUCUCAACGGUAGAGAGAAAGAGGCCUUUUUAGAUGUUGCCCAUUUCUUGAUGGGAGAAGAUAGAGAUCUGGUGGAGAGGGUUUUGGAUGGAUUAUUGAAUGAUGACGGCUUUCAAUGCCUUGAGACGCUCCAUCGUAAAUGCCUCGUGGAGUUAAAAAGUGCAGACAUAAUUCGCCAGAGAGAAUUAGGGGAUGACAGCGUGGAUUGGAGUGGAGGUAUUUGGAGAAGAGCAAAGGGGAGCUCCAAAAUAAGAAUGCACGAUUUAGUGAGGGACCUGGCGAGACAAAUCGGCAGACAGGAGUUACCUCUUCGCCUUUGUUGCUCAAGCGAUAAAAUGAUCUCCACACGGGUCUCCACGUCAAAGUACGAUGUACGAGGAAUUCGUGGAGAUGAAGAGCACGAGUUGCCAGUAUAUUUGCAAAAUCAAGAUAUAAACGGGUUAAAGAUUCUAGCGGUUCAAAAUUCCAGUAGCCUGCAGCAAUUUAAUACAGACAGACAAAUAAGUAUUUAUGUCUCCACGUCAAAGUACAAUGUCUUCACGCAACAGUACGGUGUACGAGGAAUUCGUGGAGAUGAAGAGCACGAGUUGCCAGUAUAUUUGCAAAAUCAAGAUAUAAACGGGUUAAAGAUUCUAGCGGUUCAAAAUUCCAGUAGCCUGCAGCAAUUUAAUAGUGUGUCGGGAGACUUGAUAUGGCUUCGCUUGAGUUGUAUUCCUUCUACUCUUUUACUGAGAAGUUUAAGGAAUAUUCCUUCUACUCUUUUACUGAGAAGUUUAAGAGUGUUGGAACUUCAUGGCGUCAGCCCUCAAGACUUCUGCAACUUGUUUGAUGAUCGUGAGCCUCCUUCGGAACUGCGUGCAUUGGAAGUCGCAUUCAAUCGAGAUUUUGGGAGCGCAAGCACGAGCACAGCUGGACCAUCCACAGCCGUGUUCAAAAAACAUGGCUCAACUUCAGAGUCACUGCCGCCUCCAACAGCUAUUCCAGGCCUGAAGACGUUUCAUGCGUGGUUAGGAAAGCUGAAUUUGAGGAAUUUGGUUAAGAUAGUUUUACAAAAUAUUCGAGGCCUGAAGACACUCCCAAUAAAAUUUGAGGAAGUAACAAAUCUGACACAUGUAGAUCUAUCUGGCUGCAGCGAUUUGGAGGUUUUGCCAAAUUCUUUUACGGAAGAAUUAUUGCAACUCCAAUAUUUAGCAUUGCGAGAUUGCAGGAAUCUUGUUCUCCAAGAUUUGGGAAAAAUCUCCAAGCUUGAGUACCUCGACUUUCAGGGUUGCUCCAUGCUAAAGGAAAUGCCCAAAGGAACUGAGGUUCAGAAGUCUUUAAUGCAUUUAAAUGUGGUCCAUACUGAGCUGAGGAAAUUGCCUGACAAUCUUGAACAACUGGAAUAUCUGGAAGAACUAUAUAUAGGGAGCUCGGGAUUGAGAGAGAUGCCAUCUUCUCUAUAUAAUUUGAGCUGGUUAACAGAUUUAACUCUGAUAGGGUGCACUAAUCUACUUCUUAUUGGCAACUCUAUUGAAAAGUUAGUACAUUUGGAAAGUUUCAGAAUAUAUAAUUGUGGAAUGAGAACGUUACCUGUUGCACGGGUGAAUGUGAAAAUUUUGGAUGUUCAAAAUUGUCCACUUGAUAUGGAGCAGUUGCUGACAGGAGUGGAUCCAGGAAAUAUGUCUCUGGAUAUUUCUGAGGUGCAGGCAAGUAUUGGUCAGAGUGCUCAUCCAAAUCGCCCAGGUUGUUUAACAUAUUUAAUCAUAAGACACAGCUGCAUUCUAGAGAUAGACAUUCCUCGGGCCGAAAGUCUUUUUCCAAAACUUGAAAUUCUUGAUCUGUCCGACAAUCGUCUUUUGACAGGGAUUGGAAGGUUACCAAACAAUCUGAUAAGUCUGAAACUGACGAACUGUUCAAAUCUGAGAAGACUGGCAUGCCUCUCUAACCUGGCAAGACUCAAUUUUCUUGACAUAAGCGGAUGUGAUGAACUAGAGACACUUAAUGUGGAAGGUCUGAAAUCAAUACAAGUUAUUAAAGCCAAUGGGUGUUGGAAACUGCGAAGCUUUCAGGGUCUGGAUCUAUUGGACCAGUUAUCCUGCUUUCAAAUCUCCGUUUCAGGAUGGUGGAUGCCGUCGUCAAUUCCCAGAUUUCUGAUCAAAACAAUAGAAAGAGCUGGAGGUCGAGUUUUAGUUUUGAAGAAAUAUCGGACGGAGGCUUCAAUUUUAAUAGAGGAUGUCAACCCUAGUGGUGCAAUUUGGCUAUUCCUUGUAACGGAUCCGAAUUGUGAGAUUGAAGUAUCAUUCCUUGGUCAUACUUACACCACCCACACUUCUACUAAUUCGAAGGAUACAGUACAUAUGCUGAUGUGGAGAAAAGUUUCAGAAGUGUUUAAUGACAUUAAAUUCUCCAACGAUGACGCAAGACAUUUCAACAUCAACGUACGCAAUUCAGAUCAAUUUGGUAAGUUUCCAUUCCGAUGGGGAUGGAUGAUAGAAGCCGUAUAUGGGCAGGUUUCUAGGGAUUUGUUUAAUUUAUUCGUGUCAUCAUUUUUUCAUAGAAUUUUGGAGUAGUAAUUUGUAGAGUUGGUGAUUUCAUGAAUAUUAAAUUUUGUUGCUUAUUUGUAAGUACUGUCUUAGAUGAUAUUCUUCAAUAAAAUUCUUAAUAAUA